AUGGCGACUAGCUUGGUCCUUCUCAUAUGCCUGCUGUCCAUCGGCCAUGCUUUCCCUCGCAUUCCAGGCACAGACGAAGAUGAAUGCCCCUCCCCAGCCUUCGCUUGCACAACGACCGAUGAUUGCAUCGGUGUGGCAGAUAGGUGUGACGGUGCCGCAGACUGUCCCGACGGCUCGGAUGAAGAGUGCACGGCUCCAGAUUGUUUGUCGCCCGACGUUUUCGGCUGUGACGUUGCCGGUCGCUGCCUCUCUCUCGCUGUGGUGUGUGACGGUAGUAAUGAUUGUCCAGACGGUUCAGAUGAAGAAAAUUGCACCGUGUGUCCCUUGCCGAGCUACUUCAAGUGUGGAAGCGCUGAAUGUGUCCUUGAAAACUGGCGAUGUGAUGGUGAUGAGGAUUGCUCGGAUGGUUCAGAUGAGGAAAACUGCACCGCGUGUCCCUUGCCGAACCAUUUCAAGUGUGGAAGCGGAGAAUGUAUCCCCGAAGACUGGCGGUGCGACGGUUUAGAAACCUGUACCGAUAACUCAGAUGAGGAGUUUUGCACCUUGACUUUGUACGAGGCUGAUUGCCUGAACAAAGAAUGUUACAACCCUGACGACUUGAAGUGUGACAGUGGGCAGUGUAUCCGUCCAGAGUGGCAAUGCGAUGGUAUUACAACCUGCCACGACGGUUCAGACGAGGAGGAUUGCAUCAACAAAGAGUAUUGUUAUAACCACGACGAUUUUAAGUGUGACAGUGGAGCAUGUAUCCGUCCAGAGUUGCAAUGCGACGGUUCCGAAAACUGCUACGACGGUUCAGACGAAGAAGAUUGCCUAAACAAAGAGUGUUACAACUCUGACGAUUUCAAGUGUCAGAGUGGACAGUGUAUCCGUCCAGAGUUGCAAUGUGACGGUAUUAAAAACUGCUACGACGGUUCAGAUGAAGGGUAUUGCCUAAACGAAGAGUGUAACAGCCCCGACGAUUUCAAGUGUGACAGUGGAGAAUGUGUCCCCUCAUAUUGGCAAUGCAACGGUUAUGAAAAUUGCGUCGACGGUUCGGAUGAAGAUGUACGAUACUGCAUGUUAUCAAACGAAUGUUACAACCCCAAGAUUUCAAGUGUGACAGUGGAGAAUGUAUCCGUCCAGAGUGGCAAUGCGACGAUGUUGAAAACUGCCACGACGGUUCAGACGAGAGGGACUGUCUAAACAUAGAAUGCUACAACCGUGACGAUUUAAGGUGUGACAGUGGAGAAUGCAUUCAUCCAUGGUGGCAAUGCGACGGUAUUGAAAACUGCGAAGA